AUGCCAUCGCAGAAUAUAAUAUCCGCCUUGGCGGAGAUAGAAUCAUCCGCAAACUCCCAGAACAAGCUCCAACUUUACAAUGAUCUCCUCUCGGAAACCGUGUCAACAUCCCCCGAAUCCGAACUGGCCGAUGACCUCGUCUACUACCUUGAUUCUGUCCUAAGCGAAGACCUCAGCAUUGUUGCUUCCCGUCCUAUCCUUGAUUCAUUUAUUGCGACGCUACGGAAGCUGUCCUCCGAGACCCAGGUCAAAGUCGGCCAACAUGCCGUGACCCUUCUUCAGUCCCGAUCUACAUCCGUCGAGGAACAGGACGCUCAGAUCCGCGAGAUCCUAGCAGAUGCAUACGAGGAAGAGGAGGAAUAUAUUGCGGCUGCAAAGGCUCUUCAGGGUAUCCAUAUCGAUAGUUCACAGCGGUUAGUCUCCGACUCAGCCAAAGUGCGAUUAUGGAUCCGCAUUGUGCGGCUAUAUCUCGAAGAAGACGACACGACAAGCGCCGAAGCAUUUCUCAACCGUAUCAAGAACUUGCCGAGUAAGAUCGAAGAUCAUGAGUUGAAGCUUCAUUUCCGACUUUCGCAGGCUCGAAUCCAAGACGCCCGGAGACGCUUUUUGGACGCUAGUCAGGAAUACUUCGGGGUCAGUCUUGCCACUGGUGUUGAUGAAAGUGAUCGACUACAGGCCCUUGCCGCCGCGAUUAGGUGCGCUGUGCUUGCCCCGGCAGGUCCCCAACGCUCCCGGACCCUCGCUACAUUGUACAAGGAUGAUCGAGCUACCUCCGUUGAGGAAUUUGGGAUUCUGGAGAAAAUGUUCCUUGAUCGUCUUUUGAACCCUGAAGAGGUAGCCGCGUUUUCGCAGCGUCUGGCACCUCACCAGCUCGCACAGACUGCAGACGGAACAACCGUGUUGGAUAAAGCGGUUGUAGAGCACAAUCUAGUCGCCGCUAGCAAGCUCUACGAGAACAUCAAGACCGACGCGCUGGGCGCCAUUCUCGGACUUCAGGCGAGCGGGGACCUAACCGCGGGUGAGAAGGCGGAAGCGUACGCAGCUCGUAUGGUGGAACAAGGCCGUUUAAGUGGGAGUAUAGACCAGAUCGAUGGUAUCAUCUACUUCGAAUCAAGCACGACUGCCACAGGUCGUCACAUUCGACAGUGGGAUGCUGGCGUGCAGGGGCUUUCAGAAGGAGUGGAGCGGGUAGCCACAAACAUAGCCGAGGGACUUCCGAUGGUUCGGUGA